AACUUCCGCUGCUUUUCUCUGCCUCGGUACGCGUUUAAACUAAAGCCAUUCAACUGCGGCCAGUUUUUCCCAUGUUUGUGCCAUUUUAAUGCAAUUAUUUUACUCGAUUAAUGCAUGAACACGUAUGGACAGUGCUUGACUAUUUGUGACUUCAAUCUGGAUGGGGCACGUCAAGAACUAAUUGUCCUGCGUCGACUUGGGUAGCUGUCGAUUACGACGUUCGAAGCGUCCUGUGCUGGGCGCGAGCUCGUAGCGCUAACGUAAUCCUUUGGUUAGUUCAUUUCGCUACUUGUUUCUAUGGAUGAAGGUAGGCGAGAUCGAACUCUCUGGUGCGGCGGUCUCGAACCCAAGGUAACAGAAGAGCUUCUGCGUGAGCUGUUUGUUCAGGCAGGGCCCGUGGAAGACGUAAAAAUUCCAAAGGAUAAUAAUGGACGGACCAAGAACUUCGCUUUCGUCACGUUUGUUCAUCCGGAAUCGGUCGGAUACACACUAGCACUCAUGGAUGGCAUUUCGCUCUACGGCCGGCGGAUUAGAUUGGAGAGGAGGCCACAUGCUGCUGUCGAUGACACAUACGUGAACAUGAUGAAAAGACACUACGACUACAUGGAUUCCGUCAGAGCGAGUGCAAACACGUUUAACCAUCCUGUCGGCAUGUGGAGCUCAUCUUGCGCACUUGAGCCCCGAGGACCACCGAGACCACCAAUGUUAUAUGCUUCUGAUCGUUCAUUCGGGCCUGAAUGUGUCCCAUUUCACCGCGAGUACAGCCGAUGCGCUCAAGCCUACCCGCCUGCCAACGAGUCCAAACAAUACGAUCGCUACUAUGGUCAAGAUCGCUACGAUCGACAAGAUCGCCACGAUAGACAGAAUCGUCACGAUCGAGAAGAUCGCCACUUUCGGGCACCUGAUCUCUACAGAAGAUCUCUCAUAGGAUUUCGCUGUGACAAAAACGACACAGACAUGCACAGCAAGUACCGUGGACAAAAUGGAUACGACAGAAGAUAUGAGGAGCCGAGACACAGAAGGCCUGAAGAUCGAGGUGACUAUUUCACAAAGAGACGCCGUUACUGACAGUGCAUCUUGCUAAAGCACCGCUACCACCCCUCCUGGCUAUUUGGUAAUUGGUUAUUCCACUUUGCUCUCAUUAUUCAUACAAGAACAUUUAAUCAUAUUUGUGCCACAGGUACUGCAUUAACAAUGUACUUAAAAAUUUCAUGGUUUGCUCAUCAGAUUCGCAGCGUCUGUUUCACCACUUGUUUUAUCACACACAGGGCACACACAGCCAUUUGUAAUGUUCAAAUGUUAACAGGCUUUUGUACGGGCAGUGAAUGCCAUUCUAGAAAGUACUUGGGCAGUAUUUCGCUCACCUUUAGUUCACUGUGGUAUUUGUUUGCUGUUGACAAGUAGAGAUUUGCAUGUAGUUAAAGAUAAUCAAUUUUUGUGCAACAUAUAUGAGACAAUGAUGUUACUGCCUCUGGUUUUUAUCGUCCACAACUGGUUAUUGUCCACUGUUUAUUUUGUGUGCUUGAAGUACAGUCUGAGGCACAGGCAUUGUCAGGUUAUUUAUGAAACUUUUAUGGGGCUUUUCAUUUAGUUUGAUAUUGUAAAGAUAUGUUGUGACAAGCGCUGAAACUUUUAAGGGAAUCUUUAUGGCAAUCUGAUUGCCUUGCGCAUGUUAAUUGACUUGUAAAGUUUGUAUUGUGAAGCUUCUUAUUUAAGGCUCACAAAACUAAGGCUAGUUCCCCUAUGUCCGCCCUUAUUGUUCUAACCCCCUUGGAAUCUUUAGGAAGUGUACACUGUAAAUAGCUGUUAUGAAAUUGUACCUGUGCAAGGCUCGUGAUGUAUAUGCAAUUGUAAUGCAUUUCACACAAGUGUAGUGCAUGCCAUUGCAGCUGUCUUACAUGUAGAGAGGUGGGACUCUCUCAGAGAGUAGUCCUUCUGGGUGAGGAAAUAUGCUCUUGUACAAACCAUUUCAUCUUUUGAGACCUGACGCCAGUCAUCUUAUCACUGCAUAAUUUUUUUUUUGUUAUAUGCAAUACACAGAGUUCCGAUGGAUUUCAAUUUCAUUCGUACAAAAUGUGACAUCUUCACUUUGUACUUGGGCAUUCAUUGGUUUGAUGUACAUUUGGAGGUGGCAAAAUGUCACCACUGUCACUAAUUUUCAAAUGUCGUGAUGUGUCACGGAGAAAAAAAAAAAGAAACUAAAGGUACCUGAGCACACUGCUGCAUAUAUUCUUUUUCUUUUGUAGUUGCUCAUCAUCAGAUCUCACUUUUAUUUUUGGAAACAUGACUGGUAAGCUGAAAUUACAUCCUUGUGCCAACUGUUAUGGCUUUAUUUGAAAGAUGAGCAUUUUUAUUUUGAAAAUUAUGUGCAGUGUUUUGGCAACUUGACUUUCGGAAGGCACUCAUGAAAAGUAGUUAUUUGUACUAACUGAUUUGCUGGGUUAAUGCAGCCUUAUUUCAGGCACGAGGAUGAGGGUUUUUUGUUUGUGGAACACAGAGGUCUUAAUAAAGAUGUCAGCUCUACUC